AAGGUCAAAAUAAGUCGCAAAUCUCAAAGCCUUUGCUCAAUCUCUUCUUCUUAACUCUCUCUCGUCACAACUCACCACCACUUCACACUUCCACUGACUCAUCUUCUACUCACCAGAAGAAGAAACGUUUCUCUCAGUUCUUGAUUCCGUACUUCAAACUUGUCUCUGCUUCUUUCUUCUUCUUCUUGUGUGGUUCCUCUUUUAGACUCUUACUGUUUCUAGGUUUUAAUCAAAAUCCAAAGAAUGGGAACUAAAUGGAGGAAGAUGAAACUGGCUUUGGGUCUGAACCUCUGCACUUACCUCCCACGAACCCUAGAGGAAUCACCUCCUGCUUUGAACUCCACAGAGAGAUUAUCAGAUGUUGCUCUGCUCUCUCCUCUAAACUGGCCCAUGACCCCAACACCUUCCUCUCACGGUCUCAAAUUAUCCAGAAACAGCUCCAAAAAAUCUUCAAAGACAUGUUCUAUAUGCUUGACUAAGAUGAAAGAAGGAGGAGGACACGCUCUUUUCACAGCAGAGUGCUCACACUCUUUCCAUUUCCACUGCAUUGCUUCAAAUGUCAAACAUGGGAACCAAGUCUGCCCUGUGUGCCGUGCCAAAUGGAAAGAGAUCCCAAUGCAGCAUCCUCCUUACCUCCUCCACCGCUUGCCUACACCUCGCCGAGUCAUGAACCAAGGACGUGGUCAACCUCCUGAGCCCUCUAUGUUCAACGACGAUGAGCCUCUAGAGCAGCAGCUUGCAUUCCCCGGUAAGAGCUUGAAAAAAAUGAUGGAGUUGAAGAUACAUCCUGAGGUUUCUUCUGUCCCAAGAGCCGAGUCUCGUGAGAAGUUUGAUGUGUUGGUGCAACUUAGAGCUGCUGGUAUGGUCACUGCUCCGCUUGAUCUUGUUACGGUCCUUGACAUCAGUGGAAGCAUGGCUGGAACCAAGCUAGCUCUUCUCAAAAGAGCAAUGGGGUUUGUGAUUCAGAAUCUUGGCGUUAACGAUAGGCUUUCGGUUAUUGCCUUCUCUUCCACUGCUCGUCGUCUCUUCCCUUUGACCAAGAUGUCUGACUCCGGGAGGCAUCUAGCUCUCCAAGCUGUGAACUCGCUGGUUGCAAACGGUGGGACCAACAUCGCUGAAGGGCUAAGGAAAGGUGUGAAAGUGAUGGAAGAGCGGAGAGAUGAGAACCCUGUCGCUAGCGUUAUCCUUUUGUCUGAUGGGAGAGAUACAUACACCAUGAACAACAACCAGCCUGAUCCUAACUACAAGCUGCUGCUUCCUUUGUCUAUGCACGGACGGUUCCAGAUCCCUGUUCAUUCUUUUGGGUUUGGAUCUGAUCAUGAUGCUUCGUUGAUGCAUUCUGUCUCUGAAGUCUCUGGAGGAACGUUCUCUUUUAUAGAGAGUGAGGCUGUGAUUCAGGACGCUCUUGCUCAGUGCAUUGGUGGGCUUUUGAGUGUAGCGGUGCAGGAGCUGAGGCUGGAGAUUGAUGGUUUCUCCUCAGAUGUUUGUCUUGGAACGAUUAAAGCUGGGAGUUACUCAAGUCUUGUGGGUGGUGAUGGUAGGUGGGGACGUGUAGACAUUGGUGAUCUCUACGCUGAUGAGGAGAGAGACUUCUUGGUGUCUAUCAACAUCCCUGCUGAGAGACGUGGAGAUGAGACGGAGGUUUUGAAGAUGAGAUGUGUCUACAAAGAUCUUUUGACAAAGGAGGUUGUGACACUUGAGAGUCAUGUCCUCAAGAUUCAAAGACCAGAGACAGUUGGUGAAGAAGAAGCUGUUGUUGUGUCCAUCGAAGUGGACAGGCAAAGAAACAGGUUUCUAGCUGCUGAGGCAAUGGUGAAGGCGAGAGGUUUAGCAGAGGAGGGAGAUUUAGCUGCAGCUGUUACUGUGAUCCAGGAGUUUAGACAGGUGUUAGCAGAGACGGUGUCAGCAAGGUCCAACGAUGGGUUUUGUGUGGCUUUGGAUAGAGAGAUGAAGGAGAUGCAAGAGAGAAUGGCGAGCAGGCAUGUCUAUGAGGUAUCAGGAAGAGCUUACAUUCUCUCUGGACUUAGUUCACACUCAUGGCAAAGAGCUACAUCAAGAGGAGAAUCAGGAGACGGUUCUAGCUUUGUGCAGGCUUAUAAUUACCAGACUCCAUCAAUGGUUGAGAUGCUAAAUAGAUCACAAGCCACAUCGUAUCAUAGACUCAUCCAGCCGUUGCUAUCAUAUGUAUCUCAACCAAAGCCAAGGUGAAAAAUAGUGAGAAACCAAUGUCUUUAGCUGUAACAUGUUCCAGCUUUUUUUUGGGUCUAGUUUUGGGUUUUUUUUUUGUGUAAAGAAAUAAGAAAAAAAGCAGGCAAAGGGGUUUUGAAAUGUGAAUCUAAAUUUGGCGGUUUUGUAAGUUGAUGUUGUUUCAACUUGUCAUGUAAUGUGUAUAUUAUUAUUAUAUGUAUGUUUCAAAAAAAAAAAA